AUGAAGCUCACCGUGAUGACCGCCGACGAGCAGUUUCUCAACCUCGACGUCGACCCCGACGAAUCCGUGGAGAAUUUGAAGGCGCUUCUUGAGGUGGAGACUCAAGUGCCGUUGCAGCAGCAGCUGCUUCAUUUCAAUGGCAAGGAGAUGAACAAUGCUGAGAAGCUCAGCGCCAUCGGAGUCCAUGAUGGUGAUCUUGUGAUGAUGGUUGCCUCCAAUAAUAGGACAUCUCAGGAUAUUAUGAGGUUAAAUCCUGAUGGAUCGGCAGUAAAUCCUCAAGCUUUCCAACAACAUAUUCGUGGCGAUUCACAACUUAUGGCGCAACUCCUUCAGAAUGACCCUUCAUUAGCUCAAGCCAUCCUUGGAGAUGACACCACUGAGUUGCAAAACAUCUUGCGGUCACACCACCAACAAAGACUACAACUGAAACGCAAACAGGAAGAAGAGCUUGCCUUAUUGUAUGCCGAUCCAUUUGAUGUCGAGGCUCAGAAGAAAAUUGAAGCUGCAAUUCGGCAGAAAGGCAUUGAUGAAAAUUGGGAGGCUGCUAUAGAGCAUAAUCCUGAAGCAUUUGGUCGAGUGGUUAUGUUGUAUGUGGAUAUGGAAGUCAACGGAGUACCUUUGAAGGCCUUUGUUGACAGUGGAGCUCAGUCAACCAUCAUAUCAAAAGACUGCGCUGAACGUUGUGGGUUACUCAGGCUCCUUGAUCAGCGUUACAGAGGGGUUGCUAUUGGAGUUGGUCAAUCGGAGAUACUUGGAAGAAUACAUGUAGCAGCUAUAAAGAUAGGCCAUGCUUUCUAUCCCUGUUCCUUCACAGUAUUGGAUGCUCCAAACAUGGAAUUCCUUUUCGGGCUUGAUAUGCUGCGGAAACAUCAGUGCAUUAUUGACCUAAAGGACAAUGUCCUUAGAGUAGGAGGUGGUGAAGUGUCAGUUCCCUUCUUACAUGAGAAAGACAUCCCUUCACAUAUACGCGAUGGAGAGAAAUCGUCGAACCUAGCAUCUUCUAGCCAAGGAGCAGCUGGAGAAUCGUCAAAGGCACGUGAGAAGACUCCUGAUGUGCCACUGGCAUCCUCUCCUGCAGGAGCUCCAGCUGUAAUUCCUCCACAGGGAGGAGAUUUUGAAGCAAAAGUCAUAAAGCUCGUGGAACUUGGAUUUGACCGAGCAUCUGUAAUACAAGCACUCCAGUUGUGCAACGGCAACGAGGAUCAGGCAGCUGGGUACUUGUUUGGUGGUUAG